GGCCCAGAUGCCAGGCCAGAUAUGGCCCGUAGUAGCGCUCGUAUGGAGUCGCAUCGCCCAGAUGGGGGCAUCGACCUACUAUUUGCAGCACUAUACGGGCUGCUCUCUAGUCGGAUUAGGCAUGCCCGUAUACUGGCCAUUGGCUGAAGGCCCAACCGAUGCAAAACGCAGGCCGCUGGAGCUCUUUGCUGGCAACCGGGCCACGACACUCAGUCGGAGCUGCAGCUCUCCAUCAGGGCCCAUCCAUCUGCUCACUCCCCUCCUCUCUUCUUCUCUCCUCCGUCUGUCCUCUUUGCCGUGCCAUCUCUCGCCUCCAGACUGGACUGACGCUGCGAGCCUCGCUCUCUGACCCCAGACCCGCCCCAGCCCAGCUCCCCAAUGACUGCGGCCACUCAUCGACUCUGUCCUCGUCCCGGCGCUGCUUGAGUGCUUUGCCCCGAGUUCGACUCCAGAUCCGAUCCAGCAAAAGAUACUGUACCAGCACACACACUCUCGCAACUCACACACCCGCGCCUUUUUCCUGGUCCCCAGUUUCCCACCGCCCCCCCUUUUUCUUAUUUAGUUUUAAUCCGUCCGCGGUGGCCUCGUCAACGCGUCGCGUAUUUUCACACCCCCCGACGGCCAGUCGCUGUGUGUUUCCUGGAGUGUCCCUGGCAGUUGACGGGACGGACGAGUUAGAAAUAGAGGGACUCCCAGUAGGCGGAUGUUGAGAAUCAGCUGCAGGCGAACACGUUUUUCGUCUGCGCUGAUCUCACCUGGUGAGCAGCAUCUCCAAUCCGACGCCUUGGCCGGGGCCCGCUUCCUGUGCAGCAACACCGCCAUGUGCUUUAAAAGUCCAGAGUAGCUAAUUCUUUUUUUUCUCUUCCUUUUUUUCCCGCCGUGUAGAACUUCGCUACGACGUCGUCUCCAGCUACGUCGACAAUCCCUCUUCCUCCUGCUGCACCUGCGCAGGACGGCCUUGGAGACU